AUGGUCCAUUGGCUUCAUAGUUUACCUCACGAAAUUUCGUCUAAAAAGCCAGGGUCAAAUUCUUUAUCACAAUUUGAAUUCUUAUCACCUGAUAAUUAUGGUCUAGAGCCGAUAUUAUCGGUCCACUCAAAAGAUUACGUAGAAUACCUUCAAACCGCCUAUCAAGAAUGGGUAAAUGACGGUGGUAGUGAGGAUGGUGUGUUACCUGAAGCUUUCCCUCACCAGAAUCUAUCGUCAGCGAAAUUACAAAAUAUUAAAAUUACAUCCCCGAUUGCGAAGGCUGGGUUAUACUGUUUUGAUAUGUCUUGUUGUAUAACUGAAAAUACUUGGGAAUCGGUCUAUGAAUCCGCACAAGUUGUAAUAAGCGCUACGAUGGAACUCAAAAGGAUCGUUGAAGAAUCCGAAUCAGAUGAAUCAAAUUUCGUUCCAAGCGUCUUUGCUUUAUGUCGACCACCGGGGCAUCACGCAAAUUCAAAUUUAUGCGCUGGUUAUUGCUUUCUAAAUAAUGUUGCGAUAUCAACUCGGCUCCUUGUAAAAGCAAAUAAAAGAGUUGUUAUACUAGAUAUUGAUUAUCAUCAUGGGAAUGGAACACAGGACAUAUUUUAUUCAAAUUCGAAUCCGUUGUACAUAUCAUUACAUGGAUCGCCUGAUUAUCCUUGGUUCACCGGUGAUGAGUCAGAGAAAGGUGAGGGUCAAGGUGAAGGUUUUAAUAUUAAUAUACCAUUGCCCAAGACGACCGAUGAUGAUGAAUAUUUGAAGAUCUUGAAAAGAGUUAUUGAUGAGAACAUAAGACCUUAUAACGCGGAUUAUUUAAUAGUUUCACUGGGUGUUGAUACAUAUAAAGAAGAUCCAAUCGCAGGAUUACAAAUUACUUCGGGAGGAUAUGAAAGGGUAGGUGACUUAAUCAAAUCUAUCGAAUUACCCACUUUAUUUGUAAUGGAGGGUGGUUAUCAUUUAGAAACCAUUGGAAUCAAUGUUGGAAAUAUCUUGUUGGGAACUACGUAG